AUUGAAUUGAAUUCAAUGGAAUCCUGCCCAGACAAUUAGACAUGCACAAUCGUUAAGGGAAAGAGACGCAAAGGAGCAGGGCAUCCGAUGAGAGGCCAACAGUGAGACAGCUUCUUUUUGGUUCCCAUUAACACAGGAGAGGCCCCAUUUCUGCCUCUCUCUCUCUCUCUCUCUCUAGAGUCUAUAUAAUCCUUUGCAAAUGGGUUUACUGCGAACUCGAAGUGGGUGGCCUUUUCGUCAGACUCGAAACCGAUAUUAAUAAAGAAAGAAAAGCUGGAGAGCAGAAAAGGGAAAACCAAUCCUUUUGUUAAUAGCGUAAGAGCAAGGUUGCGGUCCAAGCAGAUGCCGUUGAAUAUAAUUCACGACGUCAAUGGAUUGCCCAGGGUUAUAUUGACGGAGCCCGGCGGAUCAUCAGCUGAGGUGCUCCUAUAUGGUGGGCAAGUUGUGUCUUGGAAGAAUGAACGCAGAGAAGAACUACUUUUUAUGAGCAGCAAGGCUUCUUGGAAACCACCUAAAGCUAUUAGGGGAGGAAUACCUGUCUGCUUUCCUCAGUUCGGCAAUUUCGGGUCACUAGAACAACAUGGAUUUGCAAGGAACAGGUUGUGGUCUUUAGAUAGCUGCCCAUCACCACUGCCUCCAGUUAACAACCAGUCCUCUGUGGAUCUCAUCUUGAAGUCCACGGAAGAGGAUCUUAGGACAUGGCCACGCAGUUUUGAGUUGCGGUUACGUAUUUCGCUUGGUGCUGGCAAGCUGACUUUGAUCCCUCGGGUGAGGAAUACUGAUAACAAGGUGUUCUCGUUUACGUUCGCUCUGCGUAAUUACUUAUGCGUAUCAGAUAUCAGUGAAGUGCGUGUUGAGGGCUUGGAGACACUUGACUACUUUGACAAUCUAAUGCAGAGAGAAAGGUUCACAGAGCAAGCUGAUGCAGUUACUUUUGAUGGAGAGGUUGAUCGUGUGUAUUUGAGCACACCAACAAAGAUUGCAAUUAUAGACCAUGAGAAGAAGAGAACCCUUGUACUCAGAAAGGAGGGCCUGCCAGAUGCAGUUGUAUGGAACCCAUGGGACAGGAAGUCCAAGGCUCUGCCAGAUUUUGGGGAUGAGGAUUACAAGACCAUGUUGUGUGUGGAUUCGGCUGCAAUUGAAAACCCAAUUGUCCUUAAACCCUUUGAAGAAUGGAAGGGCCGGCAAGAGCUUUCCACCGUAUCAUCAAGUUAUUGCAGUGGGCAGUUGGAUCCUCUCAAGGUUCUUUACGGCUUUAGCUGACCUUAGGCAGGCUGUGUGCUAAUUAAUUAAAUGGAGGCUUUCAUUUCCUGUAAUAUAGACCAUCUUCGCCUACAACGUGCGGUAUUUACAUGCACCUGUUUCUGUGUAAUAUCAUGACUGAAACACUAGCUUUUGUCAUAUUUGACAUAGCAACCUGCCCUUGUUUAGUGUUGAGGAAGGUUGCAGAAUCCAUUGAAACCUCCUUGUAUGUGUAUGGUUAAGUUGAUAAAGUAAAGCUGUUAAUUUUGGUAAAUUGAA